AUGAUGUUCGCAGAUUACUUUCUCCGUAAUAAUUCUCCGGGUCGCCCUCCCUUCCCCUUCCACGUCUGCCGUGUGCCGUUACAAACCCCGCUCAUAGCCGAGGCGUACCGAGCUGGUUCCUCCCCAUGCAAAUCUUGCACUCCUGCGUGUCAACCUCUCCCUCCUCGUCGACUCCCCCAGCGCCGCCCCCUCGACCAACUGCAAGAUGCCUGUUGCCCAGGGCAGGCUUGCCACGCUGCCUGGACAGCUUGCGCGGCAUGUCAACGCGGCCCGCCACUUCUCCUCCGGACCUACGCUGCGAAGGGAGAUUCGGGAUGCCUACAUUCUGAGCGCGGCUCGAACGCCGACGACCAAGGCAAGUUCCGACCCCCUCCCCCCAUGGUCUUCAACGGCUCCUUCCUCUCGGUUCCUGCUCCCAAGCUCGGCGCCGUCGCCAUCAAGGCGGCGGUCGAAAAGUCCAAGGUGCCCGUCGACCACAUCACCGACGUCUACAUGGGCAACGUCCUGCAGGGUUCCGUCGGUCAGGCGCCGGCCCGUCAAGCGACCCUCUUCGCCGGCCUCCCGCAGUCGGUCGAGUCCAUGACGGUCAACAAAGUCUGCGCCUCCGGUCUCAAGGCCGUCGCCCUCGCGGCCCAGAACAUCCAGCUGGGUCUGGCCGAGGCCCAGGUUGCCGGCGGCAUGGAGAACAUGUCGCGCGUUCCCUACUUUCUGCCUCGCGCCAGCGGCCUCCCCGCCUUUGGUCACGUCAAGAUGGAGGACGGGCUGAUCAAGGACGGGCUGACGGAUGUCUACGAGCAGUUCCACAUGGGCAACUGCGCCGAGAACACGGCCAAGGCGCACUCGGUCACGCGAGAGCAGCAGGAUGCGUACGCCAUCCGGUCGUACGAGAACGCGCAGAAGGCGUGGGCGAGCAAGGCCUUUGCCGACGAAAUCGUUCCCGUCACCGUCUCGGGCAAGAAGGGCGACAAGAUCAUCGACACGGACGAGGGCUUCCUCGACGUCAAGAUGGAAAAGAUCCCGACCUUGAAGCCUGCCUUUGUCCGCGACGGCACCGGCACCGUCACGGCGGCCAACUCGUCGACGCUCAACGACGGCGCCAGCGCCCUCGUCCUCGGCAGCAAGGCCAUCGCCGAGCGUUACGGCUCCGGCUCUCGCGUGCUGGCCAAGAUCUGCAGCUACGCCGACGCCGCCGUCGCGCCCGUCGACUUCCCCGUCGCGCCCGCCAAGGCCGUUCCCAUCGCUCUCGAGCGCGCGGGCAUCACCAAGGACCAGGUCGCCGUCUGGGAGUUCAACGAGGCCUUUGCCGCCGUCAUCCUCGCCAACCAGAAGAUUCUCGGCCUCGAGGGCGCCGUGGUGAACCCUCUCGGCGGCGCCAUUUCCCUCGGCCACGCGCUCGGCAGCUCGGGAUCGCGCAUCCUGACGACGCUGCUGCACCAGCUGAAGCCGGGCGAGUACGGCGUGGCGGCCAUCUGCAACGGCGGCGGUGCUGCGACGGCCAUGGUUGUGCAGCGCAUCAACAAUGUAUAG